GCGACGAACAACUUUUGACUAAACGUAAAUAGGCAACAUUAAACAGGUACAUAGCUACAUUCAGAAGCGAUUGUACCCACGGUUUAGUAAUGUUGCUUGUUGUGGAGCUAACUUACACACACAAUCAAACUGCAUCGUUGUUUUUACGAUUGUGAUGUCAAAUGGACUAUGUUACUUUCAGGUUUAAAGUGGGAAUUUCGAACUACGACAUUGUAACGCAGCAUAAAUAAAUCGCUGAAUUACUUUUGCAAGUAGUUCGUACAGUAACUUUUCCAUCCGAGGUUCAAACAUAAAAUGGAGUUCAUCUUCGACCAGUUAUCUGAGCUAGAUAACAUUUCAAAAUAUUUUAAAGAUGCAGGUUAUUGAGCAUCCUGUUGGGAGACUGCGCACUGCUCUCUUGUCCACACGUAAAGAUCUCAUAGAGGCAUACAAGCAGUUCAGCGGAGCAGAGAAGACACUUUUAGAGGAGGGACUCAAACCUGGCAAUUCACUUUUCAGUCCCAUUACCAUUCACUUAGAAUCUGACUGGAUUUCUGCACAUCCAGAAGAUCCUCAAGACUUUCAGAGCUUUUACAGCAACCCUUACCACAAGUCUCCAAGCAGUGGACAUAGGACCAUAUACAUUCAAACUAUUGGUUCUUUUGGAGAAGGAGGUGUUGUGGCGGAACAGUUUGUUGAAUGGCUAAAGGUCUACUGCCAGGCAUUCUAUUACGGACUUGUGGUUAAGCUAUUGCCACCUGUAACCGUUGCUUCAACAGCUUGUACGUUCCGCAUUAACAGCAACACACACAACCUUCAGCUUCAUGCUGGAGAGCUGUUUGACUUCUUGAAAAAAAGGAAACCUAAAGAUGCGUUUUGCAUUGUGGGAAUCACCAUGAUUGACUUAUACCCGAAAGAAUCAUGGAAUUUUGUUUUUGGACAAGCUUCCCUCACGGAAGGAAUGGGGGUGUUCAGCUUUGCCCGAUACGAUGAUCACUUUUACGAGAGAAACUAUGCAGGUCGACUAAAGAAGACAACAAAGCCAAAGCAAGGAGAUUAUUCUGUGUUCCAGAAUUACUACACUCCCCCGAUCACCAGCACUCUCCUCCUGCGUUCAUGCAAGACAGUGACUCAUGAGAUUGGACAUAUAUUUGGUGUAAAGCACUGCCAGUGGCUACAGUGUGUCAUGCAGGGCUCCAAUCACUUAGAGGAGUCUGACCGUCGACCGCUCGAUCUCUGCCCAGUCUGUUUGAGGAAACUACAGUCUUCUAUUGGAUUCAAAAUAGCUGAUAGAUACAAGGCUUUACUCCACUGGAUUGAAGAUGGAGAUGACAGCACUGGACAACACUCAGCCAAACCCACACAAGCCUUCCAGGAGUAUAGACAUUGGUUGCAUGAGUGUCUAAAAAUAUUGGAAGAUGAAACAUUGUAGGACACCUGGA